AUGAGAGCAGCCACCAUCUUCUCCGUGAUCUUCGUCCUGGCAGCUUGCCUGCUGAGGAGUAGCGAUGCGGUUACCUGCACCGCUGAUGCCAGCGUUGCCAACUGCAUCGACUGCACCGAUUCCGCCAACACUUCGAAUGCGGAAUGUGUGGCAGAGGCAGAGGCAGCGGCCACCACCACAACGGUGGCUCCUACAACAACAGUGGCCGCAACGGAGGCGACUACUACGGCUACGGCCACCACAGUUGCGAGCACCGCCACCGGGGGCAAUCGUAAAAGGGUCCGAGUGACCAACAUGCGAUUUGCAGUCACACGCCGCAUUCGCAUCUUUCGCAACAGGAGCACCACGGCGCGUACCACCAGCACAAGGAACCGGAACACCGUGAGGAGGGUCAACGUGAGGAACCGCAGGGGCAAUGGCAAUGUUCGCGUCAUAGUGGGCUAG